CACAUAUCCCCUUUCAUCUCAUAUCUCCCAAAUCGCAGACGAAUCAAACCCUAACCCUAAAUUUCUUGCUAAAAUUCGAUCACACCAUGAAAGGGGGUAAAUCAAGCGGUGGUACGAGAAAAGCCGAUACCAAGUUGGCUGUGAAGAAAACUCAAGCCAAAGGGAAAGCUGUGAAGGAUCCCAAUAAGCCUAAGAGACCUGCUAGCGCUUUCUUUGUAUUUAUGGAGGAGUUCAGGAAGCAAUUUAAAGAAGAGAACCCCGGCAACAAAUCUGUUGCUGCUGUUGGUAAGGCUGGUGGGGCGAAAUGGAAGACAAUGUCAGAUUCUGAAAAAGCACCUUAUGUAGCCAAAGCUGACAAAAGGAAGAAGGAAUAUGAGAAGAACAUGGCAUCCUACAACAAGAAGCUGUCUGCAGGUGAUAAAGAAGAAGACGAUGAAUCAGACAAGUCUAAGUCCGAAGUCAACGACGAGGAAGAUGAGGAGGAGAGUGAGGAUGAGGAGGAAGAUGAUGACUGAAUCAAGAAACGGUUAGAGAAGGAAUUUUUGUCUUGUUGAUGGUUUAAAAAGUUACCCUGCUUUGUAGUUUUAAUCUUAUAUUACUGUUAGCACAAUUUAGAUAUAUGAGUAAUGGUUAAGCUUGCACUUUGUGUUCUUGUAAUGAGAACAUGGGUGCAUAGAAUAGAUGUAAGGGAAAAGAAAGGUAACUUUUGUCGCUUAAAUGUUAGCUUUUGUAUCUUCCAAAUCUUGCCCAAAAACGUUCUUCUUCGGCUAAUUCAUCCUUCUUUCUUCGCUCGCU